CUCGAAACGACACGGACCUAUGAAGAAAUUAGCCGUCAUAAACCCAGAACCCCAAAAGAAUUACACUCAUGUUCAAAUUCAGGAUCUGGGAGAAUGGAUUUGGAAGACAUGAGUGUGCAGAUGGUCGCCGCGGACACAGCAGCUGAGGUCGCAGCAGAAGUCGCUGCGGCCGACCCUUCGAACAGACAUCCUAAGAAAUCCAGCCAGACCUGCAUUCCUUGUAGAGUGCGAAAAGUACGAUGUGAUGGACGUCGCGACGUAUGCCAGAAUUGCGAGCGAUUAGGAUUCACGUGUUCAUUUCACGAUGGCGCUUCUCCAAACCAGGAUGCCGAAAAUUUGACGAAUUUCACUCUUCCGCGAAGACGUGUUAGAUUAGCCUGUGCCAAUUGCCAUUCUAGGAAAGCCAGAUGUAGCGGCGAAACUCCAAAAUGCGCUAGGUGCCAGGCUCAAGGCAUUGAAUGUGUCUACAAGCCAACCAAGCGAUCCGGGGGAGCAAGCGGCACUGCUCAGCAGACACAGCAAGGCGCCACCGAUUCAGAACUUGAAUCCGUCACAUCUGAGCCGCCGGAGAAGCGAGUAAUGACCAGCAAGGACAACCAAGGCUCUCACCAUGGCCCUCAAGGAUUAGACCACCGUAAUUUUGACUCGAACGGGAUAUCGAUGUCCACGAGCGUCAGUCAUGAACCAUUUACUUUUCCUGAUGAAACUUUGAUCCAGAAGACGUUUAACAAUUUCUUCCGCCACGUUCAUCAUGUUCCCAUAUUCUCUUUUCUUCAUCGUGCCUCGCUUAUGCAACGUUAUCAUGCUGGCAUGAUGGACAAAGCGCUGCUUCUUGCUUUAGUAGGAAUUACUUCGCUACUUAUGGAUUUAGGUCCUGGUACACGAGACUAUGGUGCUAGAUGUAUCGACGAGUGCCAGAGCAUGGUACUGCAGGAUCUAGAAAACCCGUCGACUAUUAAAAUACAGGCUCUCGUACUUAUUAUGAAGCACCGGAUGCUCUCGCGGAAGUUUACAACCGCUUUCAUGCUAGCAGCAACGGCCACACGUUUCGCGUAUGCCCUCCGACUAAAUUAUGAAAACCCGAAUCUUUGCUUCUUAGCUAGAGAAUCUCGGAGGAGAUUAAUGUGGGCACUUCUUACUAUCGAUUCGGGCAUCAAUGGUGGAUGCCCAGAUUUUACGCUGAUGCCAUCCGAAUCUAUGCAUAUUCAACUUCCUUGCACCGAACGCAAUUUUGAAUUCGAUCUUCCACAAGUCACCGAGUAUCUACGACCUGUCCCAACGCGACCUUUCCCCGACGAUGUUGGUUCUUUGGCGCUUCAUGUACGACUUUUGUGGAUGAGAAGUAGGGUUCUAUAUUGCACCAAGAAUGUGUUAGGAAUGCCAGAAGCCGAACUUGCGCAACUGCCAGAACUAGUCAAGGUGCUGUCAGAAGAACUGACUGGCUUUAACGACCACCUUCCUGCUUCUUUCAAGUUUUCCGAGAGCAAUCUUCAGCUACGUGCCUAUUCCCCUCGAUUGUGCGUCUACAUCAUGAUACACGUAUGGUGGCGACAAUGUUAUUGUGAUCUUUACCGGAUGUUUCUGGUAGGGCUCAAAGAUGCAUUGCCCCAGUCUGGUUUAAAUCGACUGGAUCCCCAUUUCGUAUCCUACUGCGCAAGCCAAUGCUACGAGCACGCUCUAGCUAUGGCCGAUAUUUUUAAACUAAUUUUAUCACUCGAUGGAGGCCUCCCGGUUACCGACCUUGAUUUACCUGCUUGCGCUUACCAAUGCGCUCGAAUUGUUUACUUUGCCUUUCAAAAUAGCCAAGCCGAGGUUGGACUAACCUCGAAUCAAGUACAUGAAAUUGGAACAAGAUGUCUGACAAUAGCGAAGUCGAUGGAUCACGUUCCUGCCGGUACUGCCAUUGUUGCUGAUCUCGAGAAAUUAAUUGCUCGUGGCCUCUCUACGGAUGUCUCCAAUAAUCAUGUGCAGAGCCCUAAUGCCAACGGGUCUAGUUUUAUAUCGCAAACUGUAUUGUCACGACGUAAUCCAAUCCAGCAGAUGCCAGUCAUGGACGAGAAUGGAUUUGCUAACAUUCCUAUAAUGUCUCCCUCCGCCCACAUUUCUUCUCCGCAAGGUACUCCGAUUCCACAUUCGGGUUCUCGUCCACCACCCGCGCACAAUAGCCGUGGCUCACUACCUGGAACGCCAAUUGGCGAUUUUAAUAUGGGAAAACCGAACCUUGCGCCCGUGAUGCCCCCGGAUGGAAUCGAUAAUAACAAUGCCUUCGAAGGCGCGAUGGAUGGCUUUGAUUUCAAUCUAGAAUCAUUCGGGAACACUGGACUUGAGUCGACAUCGUGGCUCUCUAACGAUUGGUUGAGCAACGAUUACUCACAAACGACCGUCUGAUUUUACUUGGGAAGAAAGAUCUAUGCACUCUAUUCUAGUGGAUCCAUUCCUCAUGAAUAUGAAGCAGUCGUCUCAUCUUCUCCAGAAGAUUGAUAUAUCAACGCGUCUAGCCAUCCCCACUUGUGCUUGGCAAUUUAGCAGUUGUCAUUGCUGUUAAUUAGCCAGAGGGCCUAAUAAAAGACGACCGCGCUCUUCUCCAAUGGAAUUCGGUAUGCCAGUACUUGCCUAGGCCAGAAAUAUUCCACUCCAAGCUAGGGGCUGCUUUUAUAGGAAAGCGAUCAUUGCCAGGCUUUUUCGAAGG